AUGGCUUUUCUCCCCGCCUCGGUCGACUCCCAACCGGCAUGGCCUCAAGAUUUUCACGGUGUAGUGCCGGAUUUCUUGAUGAGGAGGUCGAUGUCGUUUUCCGAGGUCCAGCCGGAUGAUGACGUGUCGGACGAUGGGUCCCACAUGUUGGGGGAGAAGAAGAGGAGGCUGAACUUGGAGCAAGUAAAGGCCUUGGAGAAGAGUUUCGAGUCGGGCAAUAAGCUCGAGCCCGAGAGGAAAAUGCAGCUGGCACGGGCCCUCGGGCUUCAGCCCAGACAAAUCGCAAUAUGGUUUCAAAACCGGAGGGCCCGGUGGAAAACCAAGCAGCUCGAGAGGGACUAUGAUGUCUUGAAGAGACAAUUCGAGGCGAUUAAGGCUGAUAAUGAUGCACUCAAAUCCCAGAACAAGAAGCUUCAAGCACAGUUAUUGUCCCUAAAAACCGCCCGAGACUCAACCGGGUCGGGCGGCCCGAUCAACCUGAACAAAGACCACGAUCAGGAGUCCAACUGGAGCCCCGGGAGUGAAGAAAACAGCUGCCACGUCAACCUCAACACGACCUCUACAGAUAGCACAUUGUAUCCACGUCAGCAUCACAAUAAUAAUAAUCAACAAAGCAACAAAAACGAUGCCGUUUUCCCCUCGUCCAUAGGCCUUACUCAGCUACUCCACACCUCAUCAAUGCCACAUCAUCAAGCUCUGGCUCCCAACGAGUGCUUCGGUAACGCCGUGUUUGGCGGCAUCAAUGAAAACCCGGAAUUCUGGCCCUGGCCCGAGCUCCAGAAUUUCCCGUGA